GAGACUUUCAGUUUAGUUUCUCUUCUGCUGUCAGCGAUGGCGUCUGCUGAUCUGAGAGCUGAGCUGAAAUGUUCCGUCUGUCUGAACAUUUAUACCGAUCCUGUAACCCUCAGAUGUGGUCACAACUUCUGCCGGGUCUGUAUUGAUCGUGUGCUGGAUACACAGGGGGGGUCUGGAGAUUUCUUCUGUCCUGUAUGCAGAAAAAGGUUCAGGAGUCGUCCUGCACUGCAGAGGAACACAACACUACAUAACAUAGCAGAGACUUUCCUGUCUGCUCAGCCUGAUCAAGAGGAGUCCGGGGUCUUCUGUACUUACUGUGUGGACUCUCCUGUGCCUGCUGUUAGAUCCUGUCUACACUGUGAGGUUUCUCUGUGUGAUAAACACCUGAGAGUCCACAAAAAGUCCCCAGAACACGUCUUAUGUGACCCCACCUUGUCCAUGGAGAGCAGGAAAUGCUCCGUCCAUAAGGAAGUUUUAAAGUAUUUCUGCACCAAAGAUAACGCCUGUAUCUGUGUGACCUGCAGUUUGGCUGGAGAACAUCGAGGACAUCAGGUGGAGACACUGGAUGAGGCUUCUGAGAAGAAAAAGGCGACACUGAGGAAUGUUCUGCAGAAACAUCUGACAAAGAGAGAGGAGACGGAGGAAAGAGUCCAGAGUCUGCAGGAACACAGGAGGAAAGUAGAAGAAGAAGCAGCUGGUGACACCGAGAGAGUCACUGUCCUGUUUAGAGAUCUCAGGAGACGUCUGGAAGAUCUGGAGAAGAGAGUCCUGAGGGAAAUCUCCGAGCGGGCAGAGCGGAUCUCCAUCUCCAUCCGGGAUCUGGAAAUAAAGAAGGAGGAGCUGUCCUUGUGUGAUACUGAGGAUGGAGAUAAUGAGGACAGAGAGAGACAUGAGGAGCUCCUCCAUGAUGGAGGGGGUCUGGGUGUGGCGGGGGUCUUACACACAGGUUUAUCUGAUAUAAUAACAGAGGUAAAUGUAUACUUCCCUAUACAGGGAGCUGCAGACAUAUUACUGGAUGGAAACACAGCUAGUAAUUAUCUACAGAUAUCAGAUGACAGGAAAACUGUAUCCGAGUCAGAUAGAGACCAGAAUUACCCAGAAACACCAGAGAGAUUCCAGAUUUAUCCUCAGGUGAUGAGCAGUCAGAGUUUCUCCUCAGGGAGACAUUACUGGGAUGUGGAUGUCGGGGGGUCAGAGAGAUGGACAGUCGGGAUGUGUUACCCCAGUAUAGAGAGGAGAGAGUGGGAGGAGUCAUUGAUUGGAGAUAAUAAGAAGUCCUGGGGAUUGGUCAGGACUGGUGAUCAGUAUUCUGUGACACAUGACAGUAAAGUGACCCCCUUACCCACCAAUGUCUCCAGAAGAGUCAGGAUAGAUCUGGAUUAUGAGGCCGGGCGGAUCUCCUUUUAUGAUCUGUGUGACCCGAUCCGACACCUCCACACCUUCACCACCACCUUCACUGAGCCCCUCCAUGCUGGGUUAUGUGUAUGGAAAGGUUGUAUAAAGAUAUGUGGGGGGAGGGGGAGAUGAGACAUCACAGGGACAGUCAGUAGGAUUGGUUGAUUGUUCAGCCAAUGAUUGGAGGAAGUGGUGACUCCUGGGAGAAGUAUGAGGGCUGCCAUUGCUGGCCUUCUUCUGAAAAUGCUAGUUCCCUGGCUUUGUACUUGUGCCGGGUCAAACACUGGGACAGUAUCAAAUCCAAAGCAUAGACAUGACAGCCAGGGAACUAGCAUUCUCAAAUGGAGAGUUUAGCAAUGGCAGCCCCCAUAAUUCUCUCAUGACAGACGUCCUUUUAUCCCUUGCUGACCAUCAUCUGUAUAUAUACAGCCAGUCAACAAGAGGUUAUACCAAGGUCAUGGCCACAGAAACCGGAGAUCGAUCGGCUGUUUUGUAAAAGUAAUCUGGGUGGCUUUACAAUGUCCAAUCACUUUUACACAGUUGAAAGACCAUCCCCCCCUCCCGUCACUUCCUGCAGAGCUACCCCCCGGCUCUCCCAGUCCUCCCGGGAGCCCAGGACUGUGGUAAGUGUCCAGGAUGGGAUCACACUGAGGAGAUGGAGGAACAUCAGUUCUGCGAUCUCCUCUGGGAUGAAUGAAUCCAGAAGUGAUAACGAUUUUGGGGCUGAAAUGAUUAAUCAAUAAAACCGAUAAUGAAAAUCGUUGUCGAUGAUUUUCAUUAUCGAUUCGUUGGUCUGCACGCACCUUCCUCCCUGCCUGUCAGUCCUGCCUCCGUCCGAGUGUUACACAAUCCCCUGUGUACAAGCCGCUUUCUCAUAGUGUCGCUCAUGUGACCGGACACGUCUGCCUCUCUCCUCCUCGCUGACAUCAGCGGGGUAUUCUCAGCUCCGCCCACUUUGCUGCCCCAAGGGAAAAGAGACAGGAGAGAAGCAGUGGUGAGCGCCGAGCUGCAAUAAGGUAGUGGCAAAACAUUCAUACAAUGGCAAAACAUUGCUUUUUUUGGGGGGGAGGAAUAGUGCCCCAUUAUUGGUGUUGGGGGGAGGAAUAGGGCCCCAUCAUUGGUGUUCUGGGGGUGAAUAGUGUUCCGUGUUUGAUGUUUUGGGGAGGAAUAGUUCCCCACCAUUGCUGUUCCUGGGGGGGUUGUACUAUAAACCCCAUCAUGACAGGAUACCUGUAUAUGAUCUGUGUAUAUCGGUGUAACACUCUGUGUUUUUUUCAUUACUAUUUUAAAUAAACAAAAAAAUAGCAUAUUACAUUUAUUUUAUGAUUUUCGGCCAACAAAUUGAUUAUGAAAAUAAUCGUUAGUUGCAGCCCUAAAUGAUUUCAUCACUUCCAGUUUCAGAGCUUCUCUUCUGCCCUCUGGAGGUCAGGAGAGACAUUGCAGGGUGUAAUAGACCAUAAAGAGGACCUGUCACCUGCCAAAAGCUAUCACAAGGGGGCUCUCCGGUGCCGGUUAUUUUAGUCCUCAUUUUCUAUGAAUGUCGGCAGUUUUCAGUCCUGGAAAUCCACGUCUCCUUCAUACAGGAGAGAAUUCUGGGAAAUCUCUGGCAGAAAACAUGAUGAGGAAUGAGUCUGCCCAAUCUCCUGUUAUAUGAUAAUAGCAGACCAUUAGCUGGGACUCUCCCUGGCUUGUCUUAUGUUAUCUCCGCUUUAUCACAUAAUGAUGAUACAAAAGUCUACAUUGUAAUGUAAAGUGAUGUUUUAUUAUAUUAUGGGGGAGGGGGAUGGGGGUGUAAUAUAGAGAUAUAGGGGGAUACUGGAAUGUUCUUGGGGGUUUCUUGUAAC